AUUCUUGAUUCUCCGAGGGCAUGUCCGAAGUGUCCGGUGCAGUUCGGUCUGGUUAGUAAACUCGAGGCUCUGUGCGAUACCGUAGGAUUCAGCGCCAUACCUUUUCAGAUUCGCAACUGACGACACGCCCUCGUUCCCAUUCAUUCUCAAGCCCAUAAAUAAAACGCAACCAGAUCUCGAGUUUCCAUCAGCGAAGCUAGUUCAGUACUGCCGAAAUCAAGUUCAUAGUUAUCGUCGUCCUUGUUACCCCCACGGCUUUCUCAGCCCACUUAUAAAUCCCAACAUCUCCUAGCUCGAAAUCUCCACUGGAAGAUGGGAAAGUGCAAACCUGCGAGCCGGCGUUUCUCCGCCAUACGGCUCCGCAGCGCGGCAGCACCAUGGCUCCUGGUUUUAUCCAUGGUCCUUGCGGCAGCGCCUUCCCCGGCUGUUGCGCCUCAUCCCGACGAGAACAAGCCGCACGGCCCGCUGACCAUGAAGCCGCCCAAAGGGUGCUACAAGAAGUGCGACCAUCUUGUGUUGGGGUAUGAAAUAAAGCAUUCUAAAGCCACGAGGGCGACGCGCGUUCACACCAACGCGAACGCCAACUAUGAGCGCUACGAUAUCGACACGAAUGUCGCGAAUGUCGUCAACUCAACGUCCACCUCGGGGCACACUAACGAAGCACUGGAGUGCUGUCAGAAGUGCGCGGCGCAGACAGGAUGCAAGUUCUGGCACCUGAAUCCCCCGCAAGGCAAUAUUCUUGGCGAAUGCACGAUGCUGGGGUCGCUGGCGGGCGUAAGAACGAUGAACUGGGACACUGACAUUCCGCCAUCGUACAUUGGCGGCGAGUGCAACCCCGUCGCCGGUACGGAUGACGAUCCGCAUUUCCUGGGAGCAGAUGGCACGCGCUUCGACUUCAACGGCCUGCUCGGCCACUCCUUCUGCCUGCUCUCCGACCGUCGGAUCCACAUCAACAUGGGGAUCAACGGCUACCGCCCCAUCGCGAAUCUCCCAGGAACUGCCACGUCACUGGACGAAGACUCUCUCGCAGCAGCGUUGGAGGCGGUGGCCCAUGAGACGAAGCCAAGUCAUAUUCGGGAGCUGGAGCAGGAUAGGCUGAGCGCCGACGAAGUUGCUGAGCUGGAGAGGAUGCGGGCGAAUGGGAGCCUGCCGUUGACUGCAGAGGUGACGGCGGCGCUUGAGCGGGAGAUCGGGAGGGGGGAAGAAGAGCAGCAGCAUUCGAUUCAGUAUGCCGAGCAUGAGCUCAAGGCGAGGCUGCUCAAAGGAAAGGCGAUUCGCAGCUGGAUCAGGGAGCUCCAAGUGAUGUGGCGCGAUGAGAUUGGCCAGCACCACUCGGCAUACAUCAAGGCGCGAGACGGCAAGGAGCAGGGGCGGGGCAGUGGCGGGUUCAUCGACCGGAUGGAAAUCGACGGCCAGCCGAUGACCCCGCCUUUCGAACCCGGGUCUUUCGUCUCUGGAAGUGGCGGAUUCACCCUGCUGCUGGCGGAAACGCGGAGGAGCCGCAAGGGGAAGGAGGAGGACGAGUUCCGCCUAACGAUCGAGGGAGUGUUGAAUAUGGCGGUCACGGCACGCGUGGCGCAUCCGCUCAUGCAGACUGCGGACGAGGCGCAAGCGCACUUCAACGUGGUUAUCGUGCAGCUAAAUCACACAGAGGGGAUUCACGGCGUGUUGGGGCAGACUUUCCGCAACGAGGCGGUGCGCAAGGUGCGGUCGUUGCGGUACCGCCUGCUGACGCGGCUGCUGCAGGAGGCGGUGGACGUGGAGAGCGAGAGCGGCAGGGGGUUCCUGGACGGGCGCAUGGAGGACUACAUCACCUCGGGGAUCGGCGCGCCGGAUUGCAUGUUUGCUGCUGCGUGGCGGAGGGGCGAGCAUGAAAACAGCGAAGGUAGUGACUUCAUGCGGCGAUGAGUGCGGAUUUGAAGCGGUGCUAUGCGUGAUUUUGCAUGAGGAAUAAGAUGCUUUACGGUUAAAAUUACAACCUAGAAUGGUUGGAUGAUAACAAAAGGUGUACGUACGUUGGGGGCAAAACUCUCACAGUAGCGAAGUGAACUAAGUAAGGGCAUACAUGGUAUUAUAUGAGUUGUGGGUUGUACUGAUGAA